GCGUGCAACAGCUGCCGUCAACGGAAACUACGCUGUGAUGGGUCUACGCCAUCUUGUAGCAAUUGCUCGCUGCAUGAAACAGAAUGCGUAUAUGCUGAUGCCCGCAAACGGUCCGGCCCACAACAGGGUUGGAAGAGGAAGCAAGUGCAAAGCACCGCUAGUGGCGACGACCCUCAACAGCACCGCAGGAGACGCACAUCGGUGCAUUCAACGCACGAACCUGAGAACCUCGCGACUGAAGGGGACGCGACGCAACAAGUUGACAUAGAUUCCUUUGCCGAACUUAUGGGUAGUUUCACGUCGUCUACGCCUAUUCUUGACUGGACUGGUGGAUCAGGCUCUUCGUCAGUUGAGCCGGGUGGGGCGGACGCAUUCUCUACACCACUUUGCCCACUGGAGCCUGUAGCGGCUGAUACCUUCGCGAACACUGGUCCGGCCGUAUCCAUGCUACAGGACGACAGUCCUACUUCGUCAGUCGAUCAGUCGAUUCUCGCGCUUCUAUCUGCCGAUUUCAAUCCUCAGCUCUUGUUGAAUCAGCCUCUCACGGAUAUUCCAGGUGCGGGUGCUCCCUCAUUCUGGCCAGGAGUAGCCGAUACAACGAAUAUGUCCCCCUUCCCAUCUGACUCUGCCGUCGGUGCUUUCGCUGCACGCCUAGGCCAAGAAGGUCCUAGAGUACCUGCACUACCGCCGCCUGCCUCCAGUAGCGUCGUAGAUGACAGUACGCUUUCACUUGUACACGUCUUCCUCCCGCUUUUCCCGUUGCCGCGCCUCAAGGAGCUCGUGGCAGGUUGUACCGAAAGCGGAACCGGAGACAUUUGCGCAUUGUUCUUUGUGAGUGCUCUCGAAACACUCGCAACCUCCAUGUCCGCGGACCGCUCGCCAACCUGUGCUCCCUACCUGCCGAGCCAGAUACAAGACCUCGCUAUGAGGGCGUACUUCACCGUCCACUCGC